AUGGCGCUGAUGAGCCGUCUCCUCCUUCUCCUCCUUCUCGGCGCUGCAUUGCCGAUCCUCUUCUUCACUCCUGCAGAGGGUGGCGAGGUGGGAGUGUGCUACGGGAAUGUGGCCACUGACCUGCCGGACCCGGCGUCCGUGGUGCAACUGCUCAAGAAAAACGGCAUUACCAUGGUGAGGAUCUACGACACCGACCCGACGGUGCUGCGCUCGCUGGCCAACACCGGCAUCAAGGUGACGGUGGAGCUGACCAACGAGGAGCUGCCGCUCGCGGCGGCCGACCAAAACAAUUUCGCGCUCCAGUGGGUGCAGAGCAACGUGAAGGCCUACUACCCGGCCACGCUCAUCAAUGGCGUGACGGUCGGGAACGAGGUGUUCAAAGAGGCUAGCCAACUAAACUCUCAGCUCGUCCCGGCCAUGAAGAACGUGCAGGCGGCGUUGGCUAAACUGGGCAUGGCGGACGCCGUCAAGGUGACAACGCCCAUCGCGUUCGACGCGCUCAAUCCGUCGUUCCCGCCGUCCGCGGGCACGUUCCGGGACGACAUCGCGCUGUCGGUGAUGAGCCCCAUGGUCGACUUCUUGCAACAGACCGGGUCGUACCUCAUGGUGAACUUCUAUCCGUACCUCGCGUACCUGGCUACCCCAGGCAUGUCCAUUGACUACCUCUUGUUCCGCCCCAAUAAUGGCGUGCUUGACACUGGUAGCGGACAAACGUACUUCAGCCUCUUUGACGCCCAGCUGGACGCAGUCUACUAUGCGAUGGAGAAGCUCCCGUCCUCCAGCAUGCACGUUGGGGGGAUGAGGAAGCUCACGGCAGGAGGCGGAACCCCAGAGGUACACCAUGGGGAGGAAGGACACCCAAACAAAGGCCACGGUGGAGUAGGAACCCCACAAAACGCCCAAGAUUUCAUGGCUGGUCUCACACACCAAGUGCUGCAGGGUAACUCUGGCACCGCGGCCGCAAAUGGACACCGCCCGCUCACCGCCAGCGCCGUCCGCGGCACCCCGCACCGUCCCAACGCCGAUCUCAACGUGUACAUCUUCGCCCUCUUCAACGAGAACAACAAGCCCGAAGAUGACCAGGACUUCGGGCUGUUCUACCCGAACCAGCAACCGGUGUACCCGAACCCGAUCGACUUCGUUCAUGGCGGCACCAGCGGCGGGCCCUUACAGCCAAGCUAUUGCGUGGCGAACGCGGCGGUUGGAGAUGCGGCAUUGCAGGCGGCGCUGGACUUUGCGUGCGACAACAGGGAUGGCAACAGGGCGGACUGCAGUGCCAUCCAGCCAGGCCAGCCCUGCUUCGAGCCCGACACCAAGCUCGCGCACGCGUCCUACGCCUUCAACGACUAUUACCAGAAGAACGGCCGGGUUAAAAGUGCAUGCGACUUCAGCGGCGCCGGCACCAUUGUCAACCAGGCACCAUCAGGUGCGUGCGACCCGAGCCCGAGCUGGUGCGUGGCGAACGCGGCGGUGGGCGACACGCGGCUGCAGGCGGCCCUAGACUACGCCUGCGGCCCCGGUGCCGCGAACUGCACAGACAUUCAGCCCGGAGCACGGUGCUUCGACCCCGACACCAAGGUCGCGCAUGCGUCCUUCGCGUUCAACAGCUAUUACCAGCUGCGUGGCAGGGCCACCGGAACGUGCGACUUCGCCGGCGCCGGUAUUAUUGUCCAGCAGGCACCAAGUAAGUUGGCUUCUGAAUUUGUGAUUCUUGUUUCAAGAAAAGGAAAUGAACGUUUUGGUUUGUUAAUGGUGAUUUGUUCCACUCUUUACAGAGAUCGGCAACUGCGUGCUGCCGUCAACGGCCUGAGGUGA